AUGACCGGCCGUAUCCUCCUGUGCUUCUCCCUCUACACCAACAUCGGGAAGGUCCUCAGCACCAAACAGGCGCCUGGUAGCAUCAAGUGUCUGCACGGCAUCCGCUUCAUCAGUAUGACCUGGGUCAUUCUGGGACACACAUACGUUUGUGCUGAACCGCACCUCGACAACUCGCUGCAAGUCUCAGAGGCCUUGGAGACAUUUACAAUUCAAGCCAUCAGUAAUGCCUCCGUUGCUGUGGACUCGUUCUUCUUCCUCAGGUUGACACCUGUAUACAUGUUCGUCUUGAUGCUGUGGAUGUGGGUAUUUCCCUUCAUGUUCUCUGGUCCAUUCUGGCCACAAGCUCCUAACGGGCUGAAUCCAAACUGCGAGGACAACUGGUGGACAAACCUGCUGUAUAUCAACAACGUGGUCAACUCUGAUAGGGGGUGCAUGGGUUGGAGCUGGUACUUGUCCAAUGAUAUGCAGUUCCUCGUCAUCGGAGUUCCUCUCGUCUACAUAUUGUACAGAUGGCAGAUAUUGGGGAUUGCUGUGCAGCUGGUUCUCCUGUUGGCAAGCUUCAUCACUACUGCAGCGCUCAGUUGGCAAUAUGACAUGAAAGCACCCUUGGGGGACAUCGACAAGUACUACAUAAAGCCGUACUGUCGUAUCGGGCCGUACUUGGUGGGAGUUGCUGUUGGCUGGCUGCUGAUCAAGAUAAAACCGAAACAGAUAAAGAAUAUGUGUAGCGAGAAUUUCCUGGUCUUGAUAUAG